AUGCAGAUCUUCGUGAAAACCCUCACCGGAAAGACCAUCACUCUCGAGGUCGAGAGUUCCGAUACGAUUGACAACGUCAAGGCGAAGAUCCAGGAUAAGGAAGGGAUUCCCCCGGAUCAGCAGCGUCUCAUCUUCGCCGGGAAGCAGCUCGAGGACGGACGCACUCUCGCCGACUAUAACAUCCAGAAGGAGUCCACCCUUCAUCUUGUGCUCCGUCUACGCGGUGGGAUGCAGAUCUUCGUGAAAACCCUCACCGGCAAGACGAUCACGCUGGAGGUGGAGAGCAGUGACACGAUCGAUAACGUGAAGGCUAAAAUUCAGGACAAGGAAGGUAUUCCCCCGAUCAGCAGCGUCUGA